AUGAGCAAGUUCAUGUUGAAUACCCUUGGAUUGGGUUCGGUAGGGAUCGCUUCGUACUUUUGGGGAAGAUCUUCUACUCCUCAAUCGCCAGUGCAGCCACCUUCUAAUCCUACUUCUACUGGUAUUGUGCCUGCGAAAGGAAAUAACCAGAAUUCCGUUGGAGCUUUUGAUCCAGCAACGAUUAGACCACAAGAUUUCUUCAAAUACGGAUAUCCUGGCCCAAAUCAUGACUUGGGAAACAGAAAUGAAUUUAUUAGUUGCUAUGACAGAAGCACAAGAAACCCGUACUGGGUAUUGGAACACAUAACACCCCAAUCUAUUAAGUCGGUGGAGGGCGUGGAUCGUAAGAAAUCCGUUUUCAGAGAAGACGAGGCUAUUCCAUUAAAAUUCAGAGCAAGAUUAAGAGAUUAUUUCAGAAGUGGGUACGAUAGAGGUCACCAGGCACCAGCAGCAGAUGCAAAGUUCACACAGGAGACCAUGAACGAAACUUUCUUGCUAACAAACAUGUCUCCACAAGUUGGAGAUGGAUUUAACCGAGACUAUUGGGCGCAUUUCGAAGAUUUUUGUAGGAGAUUGACUCAAAAGUAUGACAAUGUCAGAAUCAUGACAGGUCCCUUGUAUUUGCCAAAAUUAUGUGAAGAUGAUAAAUAUAGAGUAACGUACGAAGUCAUUGGAUCCCCGCCAAACAUUGCGGUUCCAACGCACUUCUUCAAGUUAGUGGUGGGUGAGAAGAAUGGUGAUGAGCAGAUUGCAGCAGCUGCGUUUGUUAUGCCCAAUGAGCCUAUUGACAACGCAAGGAGCUUAACCGAGUUCCAAGUGCCAAUUGACGCCUUAGAGAGAUCUGCAGGUUUGGAGUUGCUACAAAAGGUCCCAUACUAUAACAAGAAGGAUUUAUGUAGAGAGGUCAAGUGUGAGAUCAUAGUACGAGAGUUCCCCAAGGCCAUCCAAAGAGCAGCAUCAGCACCUGCAGGAUUGCCUGCACCACGUAAUUGA